CAGGCGAAACGUGGAAUACGCGUUGUAGUGCGACAAACGCAGAGCGCUGCUGUAACGACGCCAAGUUCUAGCGUAAAAAUAUGUCAUUGAAACCCGUAAUAAAUGCCUCUUCUUUGAUCGAAGAGGUAAAAAAGAGACCGUGUAUUUACGAUCAGAAAGCUGCACAUGGAAAUCAAGAAAUGAAGAUGCAGGCGUGGAGAGAUAUUGGUGUGGCUUUGUUUAAGAAUUGGUCAGGUUACAGUUCGACGGAGAAGGAGGGAAUAAUAAGAGACAUGCAAACCAAGUGGAAAUCCAUAAGAGAUAACUUCUCAAGGCAAUUGAGAAUCCAGGAGCAAGUAAAAGCUGGCGUUUUGUCAGAACCGAGCAAGAAAUAUGUUUAUAUGGAUCAACUUUCCUUCUUAAUAGGUCUCAUACACAAAAGGGAAAGGAUCCAGCUAACUUUGGACGACAGCAGGGACAGCAGCGAUACAGUUUAUGCACUGGAUGACACAAAACCUAUUUGCGCUGUCAGCUCAGCCGAAUCUGUUCAAGAACCGACCCAAUCCGUUCAAUUUGUCCCUAUUCAACCGAAACCCAGUUUUUCUACCAGCACCACCAUCGACUUCAAUCCUUUGAAUACCGAUUGUUCGGAGCCCGCUCUAAAGAGAGUGGCGAGAUCUUUGGAUGAGCUGGUUGCUAUUGAAAAAGACGACAAAGCCGACGAUCCGAUGGGCAACAAAAAAUUCCUAUUGUCGCUGUUGCCGUUUCUCAAAAAACUGCCCGACGAUGUCAAUUUGGAAGUUAGAUUGCAAUUGAUGAGCGUACUGCAGACGUAUACUAGUGGAAAAACGUUCUAAAUUGAUAUUUAAUUCAUAAUUUACUAUCUAAUAAACAAUAAAUUAAUAAAU